AUUGGCUUACCCUGUGGCCAAAGAUUGGGGAAAAGUCACCGUUUCAAAUGUAGCUAAAUACUCGGUUGGCUGAAGUCCACCUGUGGUUUUUAGUAUUUUGUCUUGCCAGAUUGUGUUUUAGAAACAUGACGACGCUGUAGUCUGGCUAUCGCUGAUGACCUUGAAUGUGUGCGUUAAGCCGCUCGGUUGCUCCUGCGGUCUGAGCUUUCCUGGACUACUGUGAGCCGACAGACUCUCUGACAGGUGCGUCACUGACAGCAAAUAUGAGCCGCUUUCUGAACGUCCUCCGGAGCUGGCUGGUGAUGGUGUCCGUCAUCGCGAUGGGAAACACCGUGCAGAGCUUCAGGGACCACAGCUUCCUCUCAGAGAAACUGUACACGGGAACGCCAGAGUUUGUAAAUGGUCUCCAAGCUCGAACAUUUGGUAUUUGGACAUUGCUGUCGUCAAUCAUCCGCUGUGCCUGUGCCAUUGAUAUCCAGAACAGAACGCUGUAUCACAUUACCUUAUGGACAUUUGUGUUGGCACUGGGUCACUUUCUGUCGGAAGCAUUCAUCUACAAAACUGCACCACUGACUAUUGGAGUGAUGGCACCACUCCUUGUUGCAAGUUUUUCCAUCAUAGGAAUGCUCAUUGGAUUCCAGUGUUUUCCAGAGAUUCAGGAAGAAACGGGAGCACGGCAGAAGAAGCGAAACUAGUUUCCUCCUCCUCCUAUUGGCCGAAUCCACCACCAGCACACAAGCUUGGACCAGUAAUUGUGUGCCGGCUUUGGCAUCAUGAAAGAAGUUCACAUGUAAAUUACUUUUUUGAGAGACUUUGUAUUUUACCCUUUACAUCCUUUGUAUAAAUAUAUAUUUUAUCGUUGACAGUGCAGUAGUGGGUUUGCAGUGGUGGGGGUGUUCUGGGUUUACCUACUUAACAUUCAAAGGAGCAAUAUUAUAGCAGGGUUAAGCCACAUAGUAAUCUGGAAUAUAAUUUUUUCACUUCAUCUCUAUUUUUUUUCAUCAGUUCAGACUUACCAAAGAACUACAUCAUGUAACUGUUUUACACACACACACACACACACACACAGUAGCCGUUUGAUUUUUACCUCAGAAACAAAGUUGAGGUUUUAUGAACUCGCAAUAAGAAAAGUAUUUAUCUGCACAGCAAUUCAGACAUCUUGAUUUUAAAGGUGUAAUUGUUUUUUUUUUUUUUUUUUUGCAUUAUUUUCAGGAAAUCAUCCAUGCUCGAUAUUUGAAUUAAACUUCACAUUUUUUGCCAGC